CCCAUUUAUCUUCAUAUAUAAUUAUUUAAUGAAAUUCUAAUGAUCAUCAAUUUUGUUUGCAUGCAAAAAACAACGCUCACUAGUUCCUUUUAAAACAAGUUAUGGAAGAUGAAGAAGUAGGGAAAAUGACGGAGUUGUAAAACGGGGAUGAGAAAUGGUAAGAAACGCAUAUUACAUCUUUCGAUUGCUCGGAUCCAAAAGUGUCGUCAAAGGUUUCAUCAGCAUCAUCACCUAUUGCAAUCAUCAUCACCAAUUGCAUUACCACAUAUCAGCCAUUAUCGGCUCAUAAGACAAAAACGAAAUGUGGCGAGAAAUUCAUAUUUGUCCAAUUCUACUUCUUUCUUUGCUUGCAACAAUAGCUGAAAUGAAGAAGAAAAAUCUGAUAACCGAAUUUGUGAAAGAAUCGGGACCAUCCAUUUUUGAUGGUAAAGAGAAUACGGAAUUCGCAAUAUUGAUUGAAUCAAAAGAAUCCGAGGAUUAUGAAGAUUAUCUGGAUGAAUUCAAGAAAGCUGCAGAGAAAUUCGAAGACAAGGUGCGAUUUGUAUACAUCAACUCAGAUAUAGAAGAAAAUUGGCAAAUAAUCGAAUUUCUCGGUUUAAUAGCGGAAGAUGUGCCCGGUGUGUUGUUUGUUAGUCUUGAAAAACACUUCAAAAAAUACAAAGCAGAAGUGAAAGAAAUAACAAAGGCAGAAAUAAUCUCAUUCGUACAAUCAUGUUUGGACGGUAAAGCAAUACCAUUUUUGAAAAGUGACGAAAUUCCUGACGACUGGAAUAAGAAACCUGUGGUUGAAUUAGUAGGGAAAAACUUCGAAGAGCAAGUAUUCGACUCGAAAAAAACAACCUUCGUAUUCUUCUAUGCACCAUGGUGUGAAGCAUGCCAGAGAACGAUGCCAGAAUUGGAGAAACUUGGCGAACUUUAUAAAAAUAAGACAAAUAUAGUAAUCGCCAAAAUGAACUCAAUGAAUAAUGAAGUAUUCGGACUACCAGUACUUGAUGUACCUACAAUAGCGCUAUUUAUCAAAGGAUCGAAGAAACCUAUUUAUCAUACGGAUGAUGAACGUACAACGAGUAAUUUUUCCGAAUUCAUUACAACAAAUUUGAAAAAAGAUGAAGAAGAUAAUGUGGAAAAAUACAAGAAAGAUGGAAAGAAGGAAAGAAAUGAUGAUGGAAAAAAGAAGCCAAAAAAUAAGGAACAAUCUAAGAGUAAGGACGAACUCUGA